UCGGGGACGGCUGGCUUCAGGGGUUGCCUCCCCUAGCCGAGUGGGUGGUGGAACCGGAGCCCGGAGUCCAGGCCUCUGGCCCUGCGCCUCCCUGGCUAAAUAGAGCCCUGGAGGGGAGUGGGGGAAGCAGGGCCCCAGGCGGAACCGGGAAAACACACCGGGGCUUUCGACAGAGCGGGCCACUCCCAUUGCAUGUGGAAAGCGUUUAAAAGAGGUCCUGCCGUGGGCUGCCGCCGCGUCCCUCUUCCUUCAGUCUCGACGCGUGUCACUGAGCAGAGGUGGCCUCCUAGAAGGGGAGGUCCCCGAACUCGAGGCCCUGCGUGUAGGGGAGGCGAGCGCCCGCCCCUUCCCUGCCGCCGCGAGCGCCCGGGAGGGAACCGGGGCUGCCGUCCCUCCGCCUCUUCCCCGCGGGGCGCAGCGAUGGCCCGGGCCGGGGCGCUGCUGGCGCUGUGGGUGCUCGGGGCCGCGGCGCACCCGCAGUGCCUGGACUUCAGGCCGCCCUUCCGGCCGCAGCGGCGGCUGGCCCUCUGCUCGCGGUACUCGGUCUUCGGCUGCUGCGAUGAGAAACGCGACGCCGAGCUGACCAGCCGCUUCUGGGCCCUGGCGAACCGCAUGUUGGCCGCCGAGUGGGCCGACUGCGCCGGCUACGCCAGGGAGCUGCUGUGCCAGGAAUGCUCGCCGUAUGCAGCCCACCUCUAUGACGCCGAGGACCCGUCGACACCCCUGCGCACUGUGCCCGGGCUCUGCCAGGACUACUGCCUGACCAUGUGGCAGAAAUGCCGGAGGCUGCUCCGCCACUUAUCAACCGACAAGAAGCUCUGGGCGCUGGAGGACAACCGUGACAAGUUCUGCCACUACCUGUCCCUGGAUGACAUGGACUACUGCUACCCUAACCUGAUGGCCAACAAGAACCUCAGCUCAGACCUGGGUCACAUGGUAGCCGAUGCCACUGGCUGCCUGCAGCUGUGCUUGGAGGAGGUGGCCAAUGGGCUGCGAAACCCCGUGGCCAUGGUCCACGCCGGCGACGGCACCCACCGCUUUUUUGUGGCCGAGCAGGUGGGGCUGGUGUGGGCCUACCUGCCCAACCGCUUCAGGCUGGAGAAGCCUUUCCUGAACAUCAGCCAGGCGGUGCUCACCUCGCCCUGGGAGGGCGACGAGCGUGGCUUCCUGGGCAUCGCCUUCCACCCCAGCUUCAGGCACAACCGCAAGCUCUAUGUCUACUACUCAGUGGGGAUCCGCGCCGAAGAGUGGAUCCGCAUCAGCGAGUUCAGGGUCUCCGAAGACGACGAGAAUGCCGUGGACCACAGCUCUGAGAGGGUAAUCCUGGAGGUCAAAGAACCAGCCUCAAACCACAACGGGGGCCAGCUGCUCUUCGGGGAUGAUGGGUACCUCUACAUCUUCACCGGAGAUGGCGGGAUGGCUGGAGACCCCUUUGGGACGUUCGGAAAUGCCCAGAACAAGUCGGCGCUGCUGGGCAAGGUGCUGCGUAUCGACGUGGACCGCAAGGAGCGCGGCCUGCCCUACGGUAUCCCGCCCGACAACCCGUUCCUGGGAGACCCCGCUGCGCGGCCCGAGGUCUACGCCCUGGGCGUGCGCAACAUGUGGCGCUGCUCCUUCGACCGCGGCGACCCCGAGUCGGGCGCGGGCCGCGGGCGCCUCUUCUGCGGCGACGUGGGCCAGAACAAGUACGAGGAGGUGGACCUCGUGGAGCGCGGCGGUAACUACGGCUGGCGCGCGCUCGAGGGGUUCCAGUGCUACGACCGCAGCCUGUGCGCCAACGCCUCGCUCAAUCACAAACUGCCGAUUUUUGCCUACCCGCACACAACUGGCAAGUCGGUCACAGGGGGCUACGUGUACCGGGGCUGCGAGUACCCCAACCUGAACGGCCUCUACAUUUUUGGGGAUUUCAUGAGCGGGCGUCUGAUGUCCCUCCACGAGAACCCAGAGACAAGCCAGUGGCAGUAUAACGAGAUCUGCAUGGGCCACGGCCAGACCUGCAACUUCCCAGGCCUCAUCAACCACUACUACCCGCAUAUCAUCUCCUUUGGGGAGGAUGAGGCCGGGGAGCUGUACUUCAUGUCAACAGGGGAGCCGAGUGCCAGAGUUCCACGCGGGGUCGUCUACAAGAUAAUUGACCCAUCCAGGCGGGCACCACCUGGCAAGUGUAAAAUCCAGCCUGCUAAGGUGAAGAUAAGAAGCGGCCUCAUCCCCUUUCUGCCCAGAGAAAAGUUCAUCCUGAAGACACCGAGCACCCCGCGGCCUACAGUGCGGGCGCCCACGAAGGCGCCCCGCCGCAGGCGCCCCACGGCUACUGCGCCCCCGCCUACCCCGCGGCCUCCGAGGCCAGCACGGCCUACCCGGCAACCAGGGGGCCGGAGGGGCGGCGGGCGGCGGCGGGGGCGGCUGAACACGGCGAACCAAGCGUUCCGGGAUGGCGAGGUGCGCCUGGUGAGGCGCGCGGGCCUGCGCUCCGGCAGCGGGCGCGUGGAGGUGUUCGUGGGCGGACGCUGGGGCACUGUGUGUGACGACUCCUGGGACAUCAACGGCGCCGCCGUCGUUUGUCGCCAGCUGGGGUUUCCCUACGCCGUGCGCGCCGUCAAGAGAGCCGAGUUUGGCCAGGGUGGCUCGCUGCCCAUUCUGCUGGACAAUGUUCGCUGCAAGGGCUGGGAGCACAACCUGCUGGAGUGCCAGCACAACGGCGUGGGCACGCACGACUGCGAGCACGAGGAGGAUGCUGGCGUCGUGUGCAGCCACCAGAACCCCGACCUGUAGGCAGCACGCCGCUGCCCCCAGGCCAUCCCGCCGGCUGAGGAGCCUGGCAGGGGCGACUCCCCACUGUGUGCACCUGGCACAUGCACACGCAUUCCAGGGUGAAGGGGGUGGAGGUUCCUGCUGUCCUGGGACAUGUGUGAGGCGCUGCAGUGCAUGUGUGCCCUCUGCAGACCCAAGCAGGAGUGUGUGCUGGGGAGGGUGUGGGCUCUGGGUGCACAUGGUCCUUCACAACCGGAGGAGUUCCUUUCUUACCUCCGAGCAUUCCAAACACCAGCUGUGGGACCCUCAGGACUGAGGGCAGCCAGGCUUCAAGGAUGGACAUGGCCCCUGGCUGUGCUAACAGAGGCACAGUUGUCAGACUGAAGGCCCAGGGAGAACCAGGCUUGUCCUGCCCACAGCUGGAGUGGAAGGUGCCAGAACAGCUGGAGGGUGGCCUGAGGAAUGUGGUUCAGAGAGCAUGGCCUGGUGGCCUCACAGUCAGAGGCACUGGAGAGAACCGGAGGCAUCCAGUGGGGCAGGGAAAGCCUUCUGGCUGGUGGGUGCAGGGUGAGCUGCAGGCCUGGGGCCCCACUGAAGGGGCAGGCGCAUGUCG